UAACCCAUUUGCGUACAGGAAAAGCAGAGGGUUUGGUGUAUUUGGGCUGGGGGGCUACAGUCUCUUCAGUAGAGGGCCUGCAACUUUGUAGAGGUUUUUCAGUGCUUAAAUGGUGUCGUAAUGCUUUGACUAAUCAAACAUACUGAACUGAGAAAGGAAUGAAGACGUUUCUGACAUGUCUAGUUCAGAAAGGCAGCAUACAGAAUAGCCUGGAUAUCAGGCUGGCUAGUUUAUAUCACAUUUAUUAAAGCAUGUGUGGCCUAAGGACUCCUGCUUAGUUUUCAUUGAAACUUUUGAUGAACAAAAUAUUUCAGGCAUAGACUUCAUUCUCAGGUUGUGGAAUUCUUAUAUUAGUUUCCUGAGAGCAGUUAGCAUGUUAUGACUAGGUCUUAGGUUUGCAGAAGGCUUGACCUGACUAGAUGUAGUGGACCUUCAGAGCAGUUCUCUGUUCAAGGCCAGCCGCAUUGUUUUAAUGCUGAAAAAACAAUCUCCUGCGUCCAGGAGUUGUCCUUGUGUGUUAACUUCAGUUUAGUGUGCUACUACGGAAGACACAUUCAGUCUUUUGUAGACACAAGACAUGCUUUGUGGUGGUGCAGGACGAAAGAUGUCUUCUUUCUCACAAAGAGAACAGUGAUUUGGGGCGGGUGGGCUGGUUCCUUCUUAGAAAUUAUGAUGUCCGAUCUAAGCAUAAUCUUAUGUUUCCUUAAUCAUGUGAGAAGGUAUAAAACUUGCUAAGCUUCUUCAUUGAAAUGGGUCAUGAUCUUGAAAAUGGUGUUCGUGUGCUUGUUCCCUAAGCUGUGGGCUCCUGCCUGCGCAGGCAGCUUUCCUUCUGCUGCAGCAGGCUGUGGAGGUUCCAAGAGGAAGCCAGCAGACAGCGUAACCGGUUGUGCGCAUUCUUUGGUUACUGUGCCUGAUUCAUGUGUCUAACUAAGAAUUAGAGGGAAGCCCUGUGACCAAACUUCUUUGACGAUCUUUCUAGUGCAGUGUGUACAACCAAAGACACACAUCUAUCUGUGUGGGCACUUUUGUGAUGCUGUGCUUCAAACACACGUACGCGCGGUUUGCUGCCUUUCAGUAGAACCUUUAUGAAACAUCUAAGUUGCAGAAGAUUGGAAGAGCAUCAACAAGAAUAUCACAUGUAGGGGAAUGAGAAUUGUGAGGAAAAGAUUGCUUUGGGAAACCCCCAAAGUUGCAGGGUGUAAUACAACAAGAAGCUGGAGAACUGCUCCUUUGAUGAAGUGGUGGUAUUUUAAUGAGUGAGGGUAUUCAUGAUGCUGAAUUUUAACUGUGAGAACACUCCUCAAUUACUAGAUGAUUUUCGAUCCCACUAUGAGCAAGAAGAAGAAGAAAAAGAAGAAGCCCUUUAUGUUGGAUGAGGAAGGAGGGGAUACACAAGCAGAAGAGACUCAGCAAUCGGAAACAAAAGAAGUUGAACCAGAGCCAACAGAAGACAAAGACGUUGAAGCAGACGAAGAAGACAGCAGGAAGAAAGAUGCAACGGAUGACCUGGAUGAUUUGAACUUCUUCAAUCAAAAGAAAAAGAAGAAAAAAACAAAAAAGAUAUUUGAUAUAGAUGAAGCAGAAGAAGGUGUAAAGGACUUGAAAAUUGAAGGAGAUGUGCCAGAGGCAGUAGAACCUGAAGAUGACCUUGACAUCAUGCUGGGCAAUAAAAAGAAGAAAAAGAAGAAUGUGAAGUUUCCAGAUGAAGAUGAGAUAAUGGAGAAGGAUGAAGCUUUUGAGGAUGAAGAUAGCAAAAAAGACGAUGGAAUUUCUUUUAGCCUUCAGUCAGGACCUGCGUGGGCAGGGUCAGAAAGGGACUACACAUAUGAUGAGUUGCUCAAUAGAGUAUUUAACAUCAUGCGGGAAAAAAACCCAGAUAUGGUAGCUGGAGAAAAACGAAAAUUUGUCAUGAAGCCUCCGCAGGUUGUAAGAGUAGGGACCAAGAAAACAUCUUUUGUCAACUUUACAGAUAUCUGCAAAUUAUUACAUCGUCAGCCAAAACAUCUCCUGGCAUUUUUGUUGGCAGAAUUGGGUACAAGUGGCUCAAUAGAUGGUAACAACCAACUUGUAAUCAAAGGAAGAUUCCAGCAAAAACAGAUAGAAAAUGUCUUGAGAAGAUAUAUCAAGGAAUAUGUCACCUGUCAUACCUGUCGGUCACCAGACACAAUCCUACAAAAGGACACCAGGUUAUAUUUCUUGCAGUGCGAGACCUGCCACUCUCGCUGCUCCGUCGCCAGCAUCAAAACUGGUUUCCAGGCUGUCACAGGCAAGAGAGCACAGCUCCGUGCCAAAGCUAACUAGUUUGCUAAUCAACACUGGAUUUUGCAAAGUGUUCUGGGGAGGUUUGGCUGGACAGGUUUACAAUCUGAAUGGAUUUACCAUUGUGUUAAAACAAGAUUGUAAAAACUACAGGAAAUUUGGCUUUUGAUUGAUUGGUCUGUGAUAUCCUUGCAAGAUGCAGAUCCUCAAGCUCUUCACAUACAUGUGCUCAUUGAAUAUAUUUUACUGACUGUAAGGAAUGUGAUGGGAAAGGAGGUGCUUUUUAAUCCAUUCAGACUUCUGUAAAACACAAGAUAAAUUAAAGAUACUAUAACAGUGA